AUGCUCGCUAUCGGCCUCUUAUUCAUGAUCAUCUCCAUCUCGGCCUGCUGCGGCCAGUUGCUCGAUGAGGAGGGUUGCUUCAUGUGCUGCUGCUUCGGCUUGUUCAUCCCAUUCCUCUUCCUUCUCGUCUUCCUCAUCUUCGGUUACAUAGCAGUCGGAGGGAUGGACUUCCAUCGAUCCAACAAAAUCCACGAGUACAAUCUUGACAGCUAUGGAGGGUGGCUCAAGGGUCGUGUGGCCGACCCCAACUACUGGUCAACAACCAGCGUGUGCCUUCGCGACAUGGACGUCUGUAGUGGCAUGAGGCAACUGGAACGCGACCCACAGUCAGGUAUGUUUGUCCCCAAGCUAUCCUCGGACGAACGGUGGACGAACAAACACGGGAUGUCCCAGCAUCAAAUGUCGCCUAUCGAGUCUGGAUGCUGCAAGCCACCGUCAUCGUGUGCAUUCACAUACAUGAAUGACACGACGUGGGCACCCAAAACAGGGGACGCUGACCUAGGAGCUAAAGUCGUCGACUGCAGCAGGUGGAGCAACGACCCACAAAAGCUUUGCUUCGAGUGCGACUCCUGCAAGGCUGGCUUCCUCGACGACACCAGGAAGAAAUGGACUAAAGCUGCCCCAGCUCCCCUUGGCGCCUUGGUCGUGCUCGUUGUUUUCUUAGGACCGUGCAUUAUUGGUUGUGCCAUUUUGCUGUGUAAUCUAAAGAGGGCUGCAUGA